UUUCUCCCUCCAGUCACAUCUGACGGGCCUUUUUAUUAUUUGUGAAAUGAAAAGCGAAAUUAAACCUGAGGAGGAAAAGAAAAAAAGGAAAAGGAAGGGGAGAGGGAGAGCGCAAGGGCAGGAUUGAUUUACUUGCUGUAUUGGUAAAUAUGACCACGUGAUCCAUGUAACCAAUCCCUGUAGAUGCAGGCCAGCAAAAAUACCAUGAUUGUUCAUAGAGGGAAGCUUCCCCGUAACAGUGCUAGCCUUAUUAUAUGAGUAGGAAGAGAUCAAAAAUGUCUUCCAGUGGCACGCUCAGCAACUGCUAUGUGGACGCGAUAAUGGGGCAGCAGGAGCCGGAGGAUGUGUACGGCGCUCGCUUUAUCCAGGCUCCACACUCGUUGACCCCGAGGCCGUCAGGUGCCGGGGACAACGCGGACUUCUCCUCUUGCAAUUUUGCGCCAAAGUCCGCGGUUUUCUCGUCGUCGUGGUCCUCGGUCCACCCGCAGGGGAUCUACCAUCCGUACGUGCACCACCACCACCACCACCAGUCCCAUCUGCCCGCCUCGGACGGCCGAUACGUGGGCGUGCGCUCCUGGAUGGACCCCAUCUCCAACCACGUCUCGUUCGGCGGAUUCCACUCGAGCAGCCGGUCGUACGGGACGAAGCCCGACGUGCUGCCGCGGAAGGCGGCGGAGUGCGACGCGCUGGAGCCGGAGGCGCGGCCGCUCGCCGGCGAGUUCGCGUGCGCGCCGUCGGAGUGUCCGGAGAAGGCGACCAAGGAGCACAGUGGAAGUGAGCUUUCGAGCCACAGCGAGCCCAAAGAGGAGAAACAACAACAACUUGACCCAAACAACCCUGCAGCAAACUGGAUUCACGCGCGCUCGACGCGAAAGAAGCGAUGCCCGUACACAAAGUAUCAGACUCUGGAGCUGGAGAAGGAGUUCCUCUACAACAUGUAUUUGACCCGGGACCGACGCUACGAGGUCGCCCGCAUACUGAGUUUGACCGAGAGACAAGUGAAGAUCUGGUUCCAGAACAGGAGGAUGAAAAUGAAGAAGAUGAACAGGGAGCGGGGCGGCAAGGAGCUCCUCUGAGUUUGUUCGUGCCAACCAAGCCAUCUGAACAAUCACUAUUAUUUUAUUUUUUUUGUAGGAGCCUCGGUUGCCAUCCUACUUUUUUUCUCUCUGUGUGUGUGAGACAUCUUUUAGCGUGUCAGUGUCAUAACGCCAUGGCCAAUGUGCAGGAAUCCGUCUCGGUGAGAGACUGUGGCACGGACGGGAUCCGUCAGAGACUUUUUUGGGACACUUGAAAAAACAAUUCUGUUUUUACAAUUUUUGCACAAUCACAAACUGAGAUGUGUGAUUGUUCAGCAAAUCCCUCCUCCUCCUCUUCCUCCAACAGUAGGGAACGUGCCUAAUAUGUGUAUCGCUUUUAUAGUUGUUAAGAAUUUAAAGUUGUGUGUAUAUAUGUGAAUACAUAAAAACACUUUCACAGCUAAA